GGAUCUGGGCUGUACCCAACCCGACCAGCGCGUGCGACGCGCAGCACUAGCGAGCGCAGUUACAGUCGAUCCUGCCGGCGAAGUUUCCGCAGCCCCAGAUCUCCGCGCCCCAAGUCCUGGCAGCCCCAGUUCUCCGUGGCCCCCGAGGACUUUGAAACUCCCGCAGCUGCAGCCCAACGCAUCCCGAGGUCCUGCACCUCUAAGCGCCCACCAUGCUGCUGAAGUGUCACUAUCUCCCGUCCUUGGGAACCAGCCAGCCUGUGUGGAAGAAGCACCGUCUUCUUUCAGGAGGGUUCUUUUCCAGUCUGGGUCUGCUCCUUCUGCUUCUCAGCAGCCUGCACGCUGAGAGUGAAGUCAAAGAAAUCCACGCGAUGGUGGGCAGCGAUGUGGAGUUCGGCUGCCUUUACCCCGACAGAGACCAUUUCAGCUUGAAUGAUCGGCCGUAUGUCUAUUGGCAAAUCGAAAACCCCAAAACUGUGGUGGCCUACUACCUGCCCAAUGAGUCUACAGGGGUGCAUGCGGAUGACCGAUACAAGAACAGGGCCCAUCUGUCACUGGAACGCAUGAAGCAGGGUGACUUCUCUCUGCACCUGCAGAAUGUCACUCCCCAGGACAACCAGGAGUUCACAUGCCUGAUAUUUAAGAAUACCAAAAAAGUCUUAAAUGAGACAGUCAGGCUGCACGUGGCAGCGAACUUCAGCACACCUGUCAUCAGCACCUCUGUUCCCGUCACCCCAGACCAGGAGGGACUCACCCUCACCUGCAUAUCCAGGAAUGGCUACCCCAAGCCCAACCUGUACUGGAUCAACCGGACGGACAACAGCCUGAUAGACGAGGCUCUGCAGAAUAACACCGUCUCCUUGAAUGAGUGGGGUCUAUAUGAUGUCAUCAGCACCUUGACGGUCCCAUGGGUGGCUCAUGUGAACGUUAGCUGUUCUAUAGAGAAUGUGGUUCUCCACCAGAACCUCACUAGCAUCAGCCAGGCAGAAAAAUCCACUGGAAACAAUGACAGCUUCACAGGCAAUCUACAGAAGCACCGCAGCCAGAAUGCCACUUUCAUCAUCCUUGCCUUGCUCCUGGUGGCCGCGGGUGCCAUUGUUGCCUGGGUUUGCAGAGCCAAGUGUCCUCACAGACGCUAUCAAGGUCCCUGGACUGUCGCACGGGAGCACACAGUCCUAGGAAGGAUCAUUUCAUUGUCUCCAAAAUUAAAACACUGAGGAUGGAUUGCUCAGUAGAAAGUGCUUGCCUGGUGGGCAUGAGGAGGCGGGACAGCCUUCACCUUCCUCUUUCUUCUUCCUUCUAAGACCAUGCCUGACAGGACUCUGCCCAGGAUGUAAACUGGGCUUCUGUGAGAUGCCACCGGUGGAUGUUGGGCACGGCUUCAGAACUGAAUCCCACGGGCCUGGUGGCAGAGGGGACAGUGGGCUAUCCGCUUAUGCUCUGUGAUGGAGGACAGGAGUCCCCGGCCUUGAGAGGCACAUAGGAUUGAUCCCAGAAACCGCGAGGGAGACCUUUCCAGUGGACAGCGGUGACAUCAGAAUACGGAGCCCACCCGCGAGUAGCUCCCAUCCAACACAGAGAGGAAGCACUUGUGGGGAGGGCCUUCCCUAGCUGGAGCCCCAGAGCACGUGACUUAUUCCCAAGUUCUUUGAAAAAGGGCAUUUGAGCCACUCUGAAAGCACCUACAAAAUCCACUGGAGACCAUUUCCCUACAGAACUUUCAGGAGGGGAGAAAGUCUGACCUUAUUUAUUUUGGCCUAUUUGGGCCUCCUAGAGGCUGUGUGGGCUUUUGUCUACAGAAAACCUGCUGUUGGUGAGAAUGACUGGGCUCAGAGGUUUGGAGUCCAGGGCUUUGCAAAGUCAAAGGACAGACCUCAAAGCAAAACACGGCCCAUGCGCCACCCACGGUGCUUCUUGCUCAUAAUCGAGGGCCCAUGAGUCCGACUAUCCUGUGGAUAUAGAAGCUUCCUGCAAACCUCUAGCUCUUCCAGACUGCCCACAAAGCUGGGGGAACACAGCUCCCCUCCCCCUGCCUCAGCAGCCCAGGAAGACCUAUGAAGACCCCUGCUAUUCUUGAAACCACCAGACCCACCACGUGGCCGCAGCCUCCAGGGUCUUUAUGGUGUUUGACAGAAUAGAACGAGCGACUCUGGUUCUAGAUGGUUCUGUAAAGUUGGCUGCUGGGCCACCUAGGUGUGCACAAGCUCCAGGGACAUGCAGUCGGGACAUGGACGCCCCAGUGGGACACGGCAUCUGACCCUACUUGUGAGCAAGCACCUUCCCCCUUUCCUACCCAGAGGCUUCAAAGUCCUGGACGGUAAGGGCCUGUGAGAGAUCUCAGGCCUGGAUGGAGCAGGAGUGAGAACCCUGGGGUCAGGCUCAAGGGGAUCAAUAUUAUGCGGAUUUGUCUGCUUUGCUGCCCACAGACUCUCCUUCACAUGGCCUUCUUUAUGGAACGAGCAUUGAGACCCACGUCUUCCUGCAAGCAUUAUGUAUCUGUAAAAUAGCAAUUGUCAUGAUGGGUCCUGAGUUGGCAGCUACCGCAAGGAAGGACAAGGAGCUCCUGGGGUGCAGAGCACCCAAGGAGAGUAGUUUGGGAAUGAGUGCCUCCCCAAGUCCCAGGACACAGCCAUGCCCAGGGGUCUGGGUGGGGAGGCAUGUGGCUGCCCAGCAGGGACAUUCUCUCACCUACUUCCACUUUUCUGUCAGAAGGGAGUUCCGGGUCAGAAAGUGAUCAGCCCUGCAGUCUAGGUGCCUCAGGCACCACAAACACCAUUCCCACUGCUUCCGUAGACAGUGGGAACCCUCACCAACUGUGCCUAGACCUUUGGCUUCUCACUCUAUGGUCACCAUUGCUGGGUGAUUCCAGCAGGCCUCACCUUCCCAUGGACCCCUGGGAGAACCCCCUUCCCCACCCCAGCGCAUCAGCAUUUGGGAGACCUGCCCUGUAACCUCUGCCUCCUUCAGCCCAGAAGCCUGCUGGCUCCCUUUAUCUGGGUCGUAGAUGGGGCUGGAUUUCAGUGUUCUCCUAGAAUUUCCAGAACUCUGACAAGGGAAUAAAUGCAAG